GAAGAUCUAGAUUUCAAAAUUUAUACACUCACAUAUUUGUACAUUUCUGUGGCUUAAACUUGUAAAUCUUGGGACUUCUAAACUUAUACACUGCAAGAUCUAGAUUUCAAAAUUUAUACACUCAGAAAUUUUUAAAUUUACAAACCCUAAUCUCUCAGAAUUCUAUACUUCCAAAAUUGACAAACCCUAAAUUCCAAAAUUCUCAAAUAUCCAGGUCCUAAACUUUCAGGACCCCAAUCUCCCUAAUUUCUAAAUUUACAAACCCUAAUUUUGUCAGUAUCCAAACUUUCAAAUUCCUAAAUUUACAAAUCCUAAUUUCCCAUAAUCCCAAACUUGCACAUCAUCAAAUCCUGAAACCCCAAGUUCCCACAUUUCUACAUCAACUGAUCUUGAACUGAGAAUAAGCGUUGAACGUUAGUUAUGAAACAGAGAUGUGUCACCUAAGGUUCAGUAACCUGAAAGGAACAAGGGGAAACAGGAGAUAUGCAGCCAUGGCGGUGAGUUGUAUGGCAGGGUGAGUGGCGAGAGGCGCAAAUAGUAUUCAGUAACAAUCGCGUUCGCGAAAGGACUUGACGUUUAGUGACUUUCUUCCAAUAAUUUUCAAAUAACAUAAUUAUUCCAAAAUAGGUUAACCAAUAGAUCGAUCAUCAAACACAUAAGACAAGGACUCUAACUUUGAUAAAGGCAAGGACUUUAACACUUAGGACUUUAGGACUUUAACAAAAUGUCUUCGGCAAACGAUAAUGCGAUUAGCAUGGAAAUGAAUCUUACAAGGGAAAAAUCUAUCGAUUCGGGGAACGUGACUCUUUCGUGGAGGGACGUGUCGGUCUUCGCGCUGGAUCGUGGUCGGAAGACCGUGAGCAAACAGUUGAUCGAUAACGUGCGUGGUGUGGCGAAGGCUGGAGACCUGACGGCUAUAAUCGGCUCCAGCGGUGCCGGUAAAAGUUCAUUAAUGGCGGCGUUGGCUUUUCGUACCGGACCCGAGUUCUUCGUCCGCGGUGACAUAAGAGCGAACGGCGUCCCUGUCGACUCUUCCUACAUGAUGCAGAACAGCGGUUACAUGCACCAAGAAGACAUGUUUGUAGAAACGAUGACUGUAAUCGAACACCUAUGGUUCAUGGCUCGGAUGAAGCUGGAUGGAAAUACGAGAGUACGCAAUAUUCGGGCGACCAUUGAUGGCUUGGUGAAUGACGUUGGUUUAGGCGGCAGGCGCGAUGUGCGAAUAGGAAAUGGCAUCGAUGAUAAAUUGCUGUCGGGUGGCGAACGGAAGAGGUUGGCCUUUGCCACGGAAGUAAUACUUUCCUCUCGUUUCAUUUCUUUGUUACUUUCGUUUAUAAAACGGAUUUUAAUUUUUCAGCUAUUGACGGACCCGAAGAUACUCUUCUUGGACGAACCAACGACAGGGUUGGACUCUCAUUCUGCGAAUUGUCUGGUUACACAGCUGAAGUGUUUUGCGGCCAAAGGAAGAACGGUACUGUGCACCAUACAUCAGCCCAGCUCCGCCAUAUUUGGAUCCUUCAACCGAAUAAUACUGAUCGGUGAUGGACGAGUCGUGUUCGCUGGACAGAUCGACGGGGCGAUCGAAUUUUUCGCGAGUCAAGGUUACGAGUGUCCACGGAAUUAUAACCCCGCCGAUUUCCUCAUCGCGGUGGUGUCUGGUUCCAACGACGGUCAGACAACGACGCGGAAAUUAUGCAACGUGUUCUUAACUAGCGGUGCUUCCAACGAGAUCGAUGAUAUUUUUCAAAGGGAAAUGCAGCUGCAUUCCUUCGAGUCCACGAAGAGGUUAACUUUCGACGCAAAUGCCGUUGCAAGAAAAGGAUCACGUUAUUGUUCGCGGCUUUACUGGUUGGUGUACCGAGAUUUCCUGCAGGUCUUGAGAGAUCCAUCUGUACAGUUGUUUAGAAUAAUUCAAAAAGUGAGCGUCGCAACAAUUGCUGGACUCUGCUUCGUGGGAACGGUGAACUUCGACCAACUAGGGAUCCAAGCAACCCAGGGAGUGAUCUUCAUCUUGGUAUCCGAGAACGCUUUCUUUCCGAUGUACGCCACGUUAGCUUUGAUACCGCAAGAACUGCCGCUUCUUCGAAGAGAGUACCGAGCUGGGAUGUACUCGGUGCAUCUCUAUUAUGUGGCUCGAUUGCUUUCCCUGAUACCUGGACUGAUAGUGGAGCCAUUGUUGUUCGCCACGAUAAUUUAUUGGUUAGCUGGACUGCGAGAAACGGUGGAGGCAUUUGGACUGUCGUUGCUUGUACUUCUAUUCACUAUAAACGUAUCAACCGCAUGUGGGUGCUUCUUCUCAGCGGUGUUUGACAACGUACCACUAGCCAUGGCAUACUUGGUACCGUUCGAUUACGUUCUCAUGAUCACCAUGGGACCCUUCGUCAAGCUCGGAUCGUUGCCGAUAUACAUUCAAUGGGUAAAAUAUAUUUCGUGGUUGUUGCAUUCUAGCGAAGCACUCACCAUUCUUCAGUGGAACGAUGUUCACAACAUAUCUUGUAAAACAAUUGAUCCGGGACUGCCGUGCAUCACCGAAGGCUUGGAAGUUUUACAGCGUUACGACUUUGAUGAGACCAACUUCUGGAUGGACAUUGUACUUAUGGUUGUGAUUUAUUUUAUCUUCCACCUGCUCGCUUAUGUGUGUCUCUGGAAUCGUUGCAGAUGGAAAUAAGAAUUUAUAUCGAUAUUCUUAUCUAUUUCAAAUACAGAGUAUUUACUUUACUAUCAAGUA